AUGACCCGCCACCUCGACUCGUUCAUCUGCCCGAUCACGCACGACGUCAUGGUCGACCCGGUUGUGACUGUCGACGGCCACUCGUACGAGCGGUCGGCCAUCGCAGAGUGCCAGUCGCGAGGGAUGCCUGGCCGCCCAGUCACGAGCCCGAAGACGAACCUACCUCUGCGCUCGCUGCAGCUCAUCCCGAACCUCGCGCCCAAGCGGUCGAUCGAAGAGUCACCGCAACGAGCGGCCAUCGUCUCGUGGCGCUUCGCCCGUUGCACGGGCCAUGUCUGCGACGAAAUGGGUUGCAACAAAGAUGAGCUUCACUGUUAA